GCAUGGAUCCAGUGUGUGAACGGACGUGAACGAGCUCCGCGUGCAUUUUGUUGCAGGAAACCCUAGUCUAGCUUGACACUUUCCGGAAGGAGUUUUGUCAAAUUCCAUCGCAUCAGUUAUUUUGGUUAACUGCAUGUACUUGCAACCAAAGUGUGUCGAACACACGGUAGCAAACACGUUUGUUUCAAUGGAAGUUUUGAGGAAAAGAAGUCAUUAUCUUUGUGAGUGCCACAACAUCGACAGUGUUCCCGGUAAUGGUAUUGACAGCUUUAUUGCACACCACCAACACAAGGAUUUCCACAAUAAUGUCGACAUGAUGAUGAACCACGACGCUGCCGGCGAUCACAUCUUCGGACUUCAACAAAAGCGCAAGUGCAACGGAGUGUCUACUUACUCAUCACAAGCGGACCAUGCAAAAGAUCAUGGAGCUCUGCCUGACAAACGUUCGCCUCCUUUGGUGGCAUCCAUGGGGAAUGAAACUGUUGCCAUGGCAACUGACACUGUUGCUGUAUCUUACCGUCCACACAUUCCAGGAAAUUCUAUACACAGUUCUUGUCACACACCGAUGGACUGUGGCGGAGAUGCCACAAACACUUCAAUAUCACGGCGUCCUCAGAAUCAAGUGAGGGGAGUGUGUCAGAGGUGUCUGUCGGGGGAGCCCGGCCACAUCACGCACAUUCUGAGUUAAUUGCAACCAAUGACCCUCCGUGCUUCUGUGACACCAAGGAGACAGCAGGCUGUCUGAGCAGUUAUCGACAUGCGAAGCCUCUUCGGCAUUUUUAAUUGUACAGAUUUCUUUCAUGUGUGUGUAUUUAUUGGUAGGGUUUGUUUCUUUAUGUGUGUGGAAAUAGAUUCCGUGUACGCUGUAGUUGCGUCGUAUGUCAAGCAUAGUGUGUUGAAAUUCUAAAGUUUAUUUUGCCAAGUUGCAUUGAAACCAGUCCACUCUUGAUUAACGUAGAACUGGAUUAAGUGAAGAGAGCGUAAAACAAUUUUGUGGUAAUGGAAGACCACUAUUUACUCAGGUCAUGCUUUGAUUUUAAAGGUGGGAAAGCUUGUAGAAAAGAGAUGUGUGUGGAUUAUCCAAGUGCAUGUACGUGUUUACUGUAUAUGAAUGCAGUUACAUAGCGAGUGUGAUGUGAUAAGAUGAACUUCAUUUAAUGGUUUUAUUCUUCUACGAGCAGCAAACUCAGAGGUCUUUAAUUUACACACAAAACAGUGCUUGAAAGUAUUUUAGUCAUAUUUUACACGCACAACAUAUCUGCAACAUGUUUCAAACCUUACAUGUAGAUAAUCACAAACAGAUAAAUUCAACUGCACCGUAAAACUCGGAAAAGGAAAGUAAAAAGUAUUAAAAUAUUCAGUGAACAAAAAUAUGUGUCUUCCUUCUGUCCCUCUGAAGUCCCAUAUUUUUUUAAUACCGAAGGAUUCUUGCAUGGGAUUGUACGUUAUGUAAACCAGCCUGAGAGUUCUUGCAAAUUAUGACGCACGGAGGUCGCAGGUUCAAAUCCCACUCGGUUUCUUUAUUCAUGGUUUAAAUUAAUACAUAUGUACAAGCACGGCCUAAUCAGUUUCCUUAUAAGGUCUGAUAAAUUGACUCUGUGGUCAUUAUUACACCGUACUGUUAUCCUUUCGGUUGCUUUUUACACUAGUGGCAACUGUUUUCUUUCAGUGCCUGUCCAUAAAAGAGGAAAAAUUUCGGAUUGAAUUAAGCGGUAACCUGAGAUAAGUACACAUGACGGGAAGGCCUAACGAGACAGUGUGGGACUGCAACCUGGAAAUAAAUGAAAUUGCCCAAGGUAAUUAGGCCAAGGGCGGUCCUUUCA